AUGGUUUCCACCCUCAUUCCAACGACUGACUCGAUUGGCUCUGUCAACCGCCUUACGAUCAACCAGAAAUAUCGUGACGUUGUCACUCAACGAUCAGGGGAGGGCAAAUGUGUCUACCUGGCAGAAAUGGAGCUCGAUUGGUGGGACUUCAACGCCGAUUUCGACCCAAGUGAAGCUGUCCACAUACAUCCGAACGAUUCUGGACACAAGAAGAUGGCCGCUGUCUUCUACAAAGCUAUUAAUCAGGCAGCUUCCGACGGGAGGUUAGUGGUACCAGGCGAUUUCGAUCAAUCGACUACUACUGUCUGUGAUAAGUUCGCAGGUACAGGCACAGAUGCCGGUGGACUGACGCAGCGCGGUGUGGGCGAGGAUGACGGUAUCUACUAUCACAAGUCCCAAGGAAUGGAUGUCAUAUUCACUUGGGACAGUAAUUGGGAUCGUGACCAAUGGCGCUUUGCCCGUCUUUUCUCUCGGGAUUACGAUGAUCUCGUCGCUUGGCUCGACACAACGGGUCCUUACCCUGAAUUCGUUGUUUGGAGCAACUCGGCCGAUGGGCAAGGACACUUCACUAACAUUGCAAACAUGAAUCCCGACCUCUACUGUAUUCCCCGUGGCCUGCACUUCAUUGACAUGAAUGCCGACGGGCUUGAUGAUAUCGUUUGCAUUGAUGGUAAUGGAAACGCUUACCUAUCCAUCAAUCAAGGGGAUGGGAAUCGCGCAGCGGGUAAACCGCCUUCUUUCAAACGUGUUAGUGACACAGCUUUGAUCAAGAAUAACGAGGGUUAUGCACAAGAUCGCGUUGUACUCGGCGAUAUUGAUGGCGAUGGCCGCGGCGACUACGGCAUCAUUGACGACACUGGCAAUGUUCAUUUCUGGAGAAAUGGUGGAACGCUCGAUACCCCGGAGUACUGGCAGUCUCUAGGGCUUCGAUUUCAGGCCAAGGGUAAAGGUGAUAUUCGGGGCGUUCGGUUCGAGGACAUCAAUGGCGAUGGCCGUGAUGACUGGCUUUGGGUAAGCACCGUUGGCGAGACCGAAACUUGGACCAACGCUCGAAGCUGUCAACAAGGCUCCCUAGGAGAUGGCCUUAAUGUGGCUUGGCGACAGGGAUUUCUCAAUGGCCAGUCCUCGGGGUACACUCACCUGGGCGUAGCAGUAUAUGCAACCGAUGAAGAAUCCUACCUUCGGGACCGUAUUUUCUUUGCCCGCAUCUACGGAGAACCCUCGGCCUUUGGAAACCUGGGAAAGCAGGACUACGUUUUUAUGCAACAUGAAGCCCUCGACGAUGGAAAGCACCGCUUCCAGAUGCGUGUGUGGAAGAAUCUUGGGAGUGGCGGAACGAAGCUGAAGGCUGAUGGCGACAAAUACUGCAAUAUGAUGGGCCACGCCGAUGGCCGGGACGACUACAUAUGGACUUGGUCCACAGGAGAAAUGGUACUUUACGCCAACCGCGGCAAGAAGUACAUCUCUGAUUCAGACCCCGAAGGUUAUUGGGAGCCAAUGGGCACGAUAUUCACUCCACCACGGAACAUGAAUCGACGGGAUCUUCACCUGGCCGACUGGGAUGGCGAUAAUGACUGCGAUAUCAUAUAUGUGGAUCCUGACAGCGGUGCUAUCGAGGUGUUCAUCAACGAUUAUCCCCAGACUGGUCAAUGGGGUUGGUCUCAGCACAGCGUCUCCGGGCCCACUUGUUCUCAGAAGAGAGGGCUCGGCAUCUUCGACUUGGCUGUGCGCUUUGCCGACCUCACGGGCAACAAACGUGCCGACUAUCUGUGUAUUGAGCCCGCCGGUCGCGUAACGGGGUUCCUCCACAACAAUGAUGGGAGUUUUACAGAUGUUGGCCAGAUAAAGUUCGCUCCCAAAGAUAAGGACCGUGCCAAUUUGCGCUGGACGGACGUCAAUGGCGACGGUCUCGACGAUAUGAUCUGGAUUGACAAGUUCAAUGGCGAUACCUAUGUGUGGUACAACGGAGGUCCUGAAGAUCGUAGUCAGCUGGCAGGAUCUUAUUUUUAUUGGCGCGAGCAAACCCAAAAAGCCUACGAUGGCCUGUCUGCGGGUACCUGUCUGUACUACCCCGAUCUUGAUGGAGACGGACACGCAGACGAGCACUUCAUCAGCGGUACUUUCAACAAUCUAGCACACACGUCCCUGGCGCCGGGAUGCGGGCUGAAAGACAUCACUGGAGACGAUGAGAGUUUUGACGGUUCUCUGCCCGAUGUCCCGGGAGAUUCUGGUGGCGAUGGCGGAUCUCACGAUCACCCUGGCACCGGCGUUGUGUGCGGCCUGAAUUUCAACUCAACCGAUCCCUCUGUUAUCAAGGAUACUUGGACAAACAGCGACGCCGGAUAUUGGCUUGGAACCUUCCUCAGUCAAGCUGGGGCAUCUCAUUGGUCCGACAAAUUCUUCAGCUCCGUCCUCAAUGGUGGUUCUCAAGGCGGGUCGACGUACGACUGUGACCACAUCCACACCGGAAACUGCCCUGGUCCCCUGAGCACCCCCUGUACUUCCUACAGUCCCAACCAGGCAUUUUAUGUCCAUGUUUCCAUCGGGUGGCUCUACAGUGCCUUUGAACAGAUCUGGGCUGGCUUGGUCACUAACGGAAUAGAUAAUCUUGCGGAAGGCAUCAAGGACAUCGUUGCCGCUUACGGAACACCGCCCAAGGACGAUAAUGCGCUUAUUCUAAAUUUCUUAGUCGGAUUUCUUACCUCGCUGGCGGGCAUCUCUGGUACUAUAGGCGCCAAAUUUCCCAACGCCCCCGUCGGCCAGUGGUUCGGGACUGCUGCCAAUCCCUUAACGUUUGCUGCCGGCAUCGUGACGCAGGUCGCUGCCAACUCGGAUGGGCUCAGCAAUUUGGUCAGCCCGGAUGAUCUUGAAAAAGAAUUUGAACAAGCCUACGGGGCCAUGUUCAGGGGCAUCGUCGGCGGCUUGAAUUCCUCUGUCAACAGUAUCUUUGACGGCGUGGCUCCUAAAGGCUACGACGGAAGCAACGAAGACUAUGUCUCCGAUGUCUUCAGGGACGGUAGAUGGCUGAGCAAGGAGAUUGUUGAUCCGCUAGUGGAGUCCUAUAUCGACAACACCCAAAUUAAGUUUGUCGAAUUCGCGACAGUCAGGGCUAUGAGAUCAGGCAACAAGGCCAAGUACCGAUUGCUUUACGGGAAUUCCGAAUCACCCUAUCUAAGUUGUCGUAAUACGAGUGACCCUGAUAUCCCGCUCGCUCCGCCAAGGUCCUAUAAGAUGAACCAAGAUAUCUGCGGCCGACUCGGCGGAUGCAUUUGGUACCAGAACAACUGCCUUUGCCUUGGAAAGGAGUCUGGUGGGAUUGCAACAGUUUUCUUUCCGCUGUCAUCGAGCGAGAUCAACGACCUCAAGAAAUACAUCGUCGACUACGAUACCUCUUUGCGCAACAAUUUCGACUGUAUAUCGCCGAUCCUAAGUAAUUCCAAAUGCGACGGGGUAUUGGUCGACAUUCCCAAGGAAUGCCAAAUUUCCGAUCCCGAAGUUCCUACCCUGUCCGACUUUGACCCUUUUAACCCGGGCAAGUUGGAAUACUCGAAUUGCUUCUUCAACUUUCCAUACACAGAUGACUGGAAUUGUAUCUUCGCGACUUGA